CGGUCGGUACGCGGGGCGGCCGCGCGCUCGGUGACGCCACAGGUGUAUCGAGUGAUAUAUUGGAAUGACCCUACUAUAACUAACAUGGAUUUUUCUUAAAGAACCAAUACAGAACUUUUACAUUAUGAUUCUGUGAACUUAUAUCGAAAAGUGGUCAAAAAGUGAUGGUGCUAUAGAAAAGACCAAAGGCAAUGAUGCCUUUAACAGUUUUAUGGUGGACCAGAAUAGCCCUUCCAUUAUUUUUUCUGGAAUAUGGUAACGCGCAAGCCACAGACGUGGACGUGCGUCUCUCGGCGCCAUCUUGGGUAGCUCGGGGGAGCUCCGCCACCCUCCGUUGUCUCCACCAGGUGCCCCCCCAGCUGCUGUACAAGGUGGAGUUCCUCAGAUCAGGGGCGAAGCUACUCCAGUACGUGCGGGAGAGGACCCCGCCGUAUACGAAUUACUCGUUCCCGGGGGGCAAGCUAAAUAUGUCUCUGGUGUCGGAGAACUCCAUCACAAUAGACAACUUGGACCCGACGGCGUCCGGCCUCUACUGGUGUGAGGUGUCCCUGGAGACGCCCAUCUUCACAGCCGCAUCGCCGCCGCACCAGCUCACUGUUGUGUAUUCUCAAAAGCACCCGCCCAUCAUAACGUUCGGGAAACCAGACGUAGUGGUCGGUGGUUUGCUCCGAGCGAAUUGCACUAGCGCACCAGCCGCGCCCGCGCCGAAACUGACUUGGUACAUUGACAAUGAAAAGGUUCCCGACGAAUCCAUCAAAUACUUCUCCUACCGAGUCUCCAGUUCCACGAGGAUCAAGGGUGGCGGGGGAUAUCGUCACAGAAAAUACCACCGAUACAUAGCACCGGAGUUUAACUACACCGCUAAAUACUGGGCAUUAGUCAGCGAGUCGACUACACCAUCGACUACCAACUUGAGCAAGAACAACAAGUGCACACUGAAAGACGGACAGUCUGAAGAGAUGGCUAAGAUACGCAACAGGCCGCGCGACCCUCCCCCUCCCAUCUCCUUGUGGGUGUCCAUCGCCGAGCUUCGCACCCCUGCUCACGGCCGCCUGCAACUAACCUGCACUGCCACCAUACCCGAUGAGGUCGGCCCGGGGGAGCGCUUCGCGGAUGUCAAGAAGCAGACCGUUACAGUUGCCGUGAAUGAGCUUAGUUUAAAAAGGCCACGUACGGAGACGAGUUACGCGAACGCGACCUCCACGACUCCACAUCUGCACCCGUUUUUGUUUAUUGGUUGCGGAUUUCUUCUACACGAACUGAGAACACCAUAAAGUGCUGUAAGAUAAGUUGAUUCCUAGGCAGAUGGCGGACCUAA